AUGUUAAAUACCAAUAACACUGCUUCCCCUGCCUUCAAAGCCUUCGUAGAUGCCUCCGCUGGCGCGAUGGGUGCGCUAUUUGCCGCCGUUCUUCUGUAUCCGUUGGACGUAAUCAAGACGCGCAAGCAAGUGGACGUGGAUGAUAGUAAGGAGGAAGAGAUUGAAAUGGAUAAAAAAGCCAAGACCCAAGCUCUCCUUUUGCGCAAGAAGAAGGCACACAACUUACUGGUGGCAGUGUGGCUUGUCUACCGACAGGAAGGCGUCGAGGGCCUUUUUGCUGGCCUUAGCUCCAAGGUCAUGCACACGGUGUCAUCCAACUUUGUCUAUUUUUACUGGUACUCGUUCCUUAAAACGGCAAUGGAAAAGCACUCAAAUACGCCCAUCACGACAGGCAUGAGUCUGCUUAUGGCUUCUACGGCUGGAGCGCUUAAUAUGUCGAUGACACUCCCGUUGGAGAUGGUUAACACCCGAGCGCAGAUUGAGCCCAGUUAUGAAGAGGUCAGUGAUGCAAAUGACAAGGAGAAGAAAAAAGAGCCCCACGGACGCACCAUGUGGGGUAUUGCCAAGGAGAUUUACGCUGAGGAUGGUUUGAUGUCUUUCUGGAAGGGAUUUAUCCCUUCGUUGGUGCUGGUAAGCAAUCCGUCGAUCAAUUACACGAUCUUUGACAAGCUCAAGCUACAGUUACAGCACUCCAAGAUGGCAGCAGGCAAUGCAAAGCGUGUGAGCUCGUUGACAGCAUUGGAGGCUUUCACUCUGGCUGCCAUCGCCAAGGCAAUAGCUACGAUUAUCACGUACCCAGUCAUUCGCGCCAAGGUGCUAAUGCAAGCUCAGAAAAAGCCAAUUUCUGAACAGCAGAAGAGCUCAUCUGGCCAUCAUCACGCUAAAAUGGGCAACUCCAUGGUGCAGGUGCUUAGGCGUAUUGGCGAGCUGGAAGGCCCUGGAGGCUACUUUAAGGGCUGUUCGGCGCAGCUUUUUAAUACGGUUCUCAAGAGUGCUCUGUUGGUUAUGACGAAAGAGGAAAUUACAAAGCACACCAUGCGUGUGCUCUUCCUGCUUCAUCGGGGUGCUGGCUCUUAG